AUGGAUGACCCCGUAGCCGAUCGAUUGGAUCGAGGCGCACGGCUGCCGACACACAGAUGCCAGUCGAUCGCCGCACAUGGGGAUCCUCCGGCUCCUGCCACUCCUCCUCCUGCUCCUGCUGCCCCCUGGCCUCCGACAAAUGACCUCUCGCCGGCGAUCAACCGCGUGCCGGAGGAGGAUAGUGGUAGUGCUGCUGCUCCUGAUCCCGGCGGCGGCGUCGUCCUCCACCCGCUGGUGCUGGUGCCCGGGUUGACGUGCAGCGAGCUGGAGGUGCGCCUCACGGACGCCUACCGCCCGACCCUGCCGCACUGCGGCGCCAUGAAGGGCAAGGGCUGGUUCGGGCUCUGGGCCAACUGCUCUGAGCUCCCCGCGCACCACUACGUCCCGUGCUUCAUGGAGCAGAUGAGCCUCGUCUACGACCCUGCCGCCGGCGACUACCGGAACCUGCCCGGCGUUGAGACGCGCGUCCGCAACUUCGGCUCCUCGCGGGGCUUCCAGAGGAAGCACACGUACGGUAGCUAGCUCUACCUGAAGCUCGAGAUCAAGCGUCCAUAUCGUGAACCCAGAGCAUGCUGACUCCUCCUUAAUUUGCUCGAUCUUGUGAAGGGACUGGUGAGGAAUGUGAGUACUCUAUCUUACCUGUGAAGAGUGAAUUGUCAACCGUGCGGUGUGAUCGUGCAUUUGGUUUUUGGAUUGCAGGUACAUGGGCGUCGAGUGUCGACGGGGAGCUGCCGUGGAGGUGCUGUGGC